AUGCUGGUGGGCGCCAGGCUCCAGCGGCGGCGGCGGCAGCUGCAGCAGCAGCCCCGGCGGCGGCAUCCUCUCCUCUGGCCGAUGAAUGCAGACCCGCCGCCGCCGCCGCCGCCCUGGGUUUGGAUGGUUCCUGGCUCGGCCGGGCUGCUCCGGCUGGGCGCCGGGGUCGCGCCCCCGCCCGUGCUGCUCGCCUCGGCGCAGCCCCCCGCCGGCCCGCUGCUCCCGGGGCUGCCUGGCUGGCAAGCCCCCGGCGAGCCCCUGCUGCCGCUGCUGCCACUGCCCUCUGCGCCAGACCACGCCGCCGUGCACCACUACCCCUUGCUCCACGGGCAGUGGCUGUGCGGUGGCCAUUCUCCAUCCAUAGGACUGUCUCCCUCUUCCGCUGUGGAGUUGGUACCCAUUUUCCCACACGUCUGCCCAUCUGCUCUUCCACCUCCUAUUGGGAAAAGUUGGAUAGACAAAAGGAUACCUAAUUGUAAGAUAUUUUUUAAUAAUUCCUUUGCUCUGGACUCAAUGUGGAUAUAUCCUGAGGAGUCAAUGUUGUUCCAUGGGCAUGAAAAGCCUCAUCUGUUGGCAAAUCAAGUCGCUCUGUCUCUGUCCAGACCAGCUCCUGCCUCCAGGCCUCUUCCCAGUGUGCUGUUAGCGCCUCAGCCAAUAGCAGGUGGUUGUCACAACAGCCUGAAGCCUGUUGGCAGUAGCCCCGGGAUUGCCAUCACUGCCGCGGCCGCCAUGGUGUCUGUGGACCCCGAGGGACUUGGGGGCCCAUCCCCCUCCAGCGUGCAGCCCUGCCACUUCCUGACUUUGGCACCCAUCACGAUACCCCUGAGGACCGCCCCCUUCUCCGAUAAAAGCAGAGAGUGCAGCCGAGCGCCCUGCCCUCCCGCCCUCAUGCUUCACGCCAAGAGGAAGAGCCCGGCCGGGGACGGGGCAGAGAAGGAGCCUUCAUCCAUACUAGUCACAAGAGAGGACAGUGCGGCCGAGGGAGACAGACCCGUGGCCUCCACCCCGGUGCCCGGAUCCCCCUGGUGUGUGGUCUGGACGGGGGAUGACCGGGUUUUCUUCUUCAACCCGACGAUGCAGCUGUCCGUGUGGGAGAAGCCCAUGGACCUGAAAAACCGCGGGGACCUCAACAGGAUCAUCGAGGACCCGCCCCACAAGCGCAAGCUGGAGGCGCCAACAGCCGACCACAGUGAUGGGUCACAGUCUGAGGAUGGCAGGGGAGACCGGAACCUGAGGACCAAGAGGAACAGGACAGAAGGCCAUGUGAGUCCUGGGCCAGAGGAGGCAGAAGGACAGGACAAGGGUGCCAGGACGCCGCCGCCCCAGAUCCUCCUGCCGCUGGAGGAGCGGGUGACCCACUUCCGAGACAUGCUGCUGGAGCGAGGGGUGUCAGCGUUUUCUACCUGGGAGAAAGAAUUACAUAAAAUCGUGUUUGAUCCACGCUACCUCCUGCUAAACUCUGAGGAGCGGAAACAGAUAUUUGAACAGUUUGUCAAGACAAGGAUAAAAGAAGAGUACAAGGAAAAGAAAAGCAAACUGCUGCUAGCCAAAGAAGAAUUCAAAAAACUUCUGGAGGAAUCUAAAGUGUCACCCAGGACCACAUUUAAGGAGUUUGCGGAGAAGUAUGGCCGGGAUCAGAGGUUUCGACUUGUCCAAAAAAAGAAGGACCAGGAGCAUUUUUUCAACCAAUUCAUCCUUAUUCUUAAGAAACGGGACAAGGAGAACAGACUCAGGCUACGGAAAAUGAGAUGA